ACUGUAUAUAUAGCGAAAGUUUAAACAAGCGAAAAGCAACGAAAAAAAAUUUUUUAAUGACAGCAGCACUGAACAACUUUUAAAAAGAAAUUCAAAAUAUAUAACAGAAUUAUUAAUAUCGUAAAGCACACGUGAUUGUCGUUUAAAAAAAAUGGGGGAAAAUAAUCCAGCACGAAAGUAUGGAACGAGGGAAAAGGGGUCAAAGAAAAAGAUAACUAUCGAAGUAGAUGAAGAUGAUCCUUGCCUUAAAAAAAAUGAGAUUCACGAGGAAGAGACAUUACGUACUUUUCGUGGGGAGGAAUUCAUACGUUCUCCUGGCAAUGACCCAAGAUUUCAGCAACAAAAUCAGACGCAGAGAUGUUUCGUGAUGUAUACUGACUUUUAUCGCUGUGAGCAUAUUUUAGGUAAAGGUUCCGAAGCAUGUAUUUGGUUUAAAGAUGUUUUCACAUCCAUAUGUCCAAAGGCCUGGGUGGAACAGUGGGAUGAACUUAGACUUACAGGCAGAUUACCUUGGCAUAAAUACAGAACUCAAGGCGAUUUCCCCGGCAACAAAUACGGCGAAUAAAGAGAGAGAGAGAGAGAGAGAGAAAUCAAUAAAAUUAAAGUUUUAUAUUUAA